AUGGCCAACAGCGACAGCGACGACUACUGGGUCCAGGAGCCCGAGUUGGCUCCUAAUGAUCCCAUGCGCAACUUCAUGCCGACGUCGUUUGGCAAGACAUCCAAAGAAGCAAACAUUGCGGCGCAAAUAGAGCAGACAAGAAGAAAGGUCGAGAUACCACAGAAGGAAAAAAAAGAGAAGAAGGCCGCUUCUGACUCGGACAGUAACAGCGAUUCUGACGACGAUGAUGAUGACUCCGAGUCCGACGAAGAAGACGAAGCCGCAAGAUUCCCAGUCAGCCACGAGGUUGUCUUUACCACCCACGACCGCGCCGUCACCAGCAUCGCGCUCGAUCCAGCUGGCGCGCGCAUGCUGACCGGGUCACUCGAUGGUACCAUUAAGUUUCACGAUUUUUCGUCCAUGACGCCGACGACCCUGAGAGCAUUCAAGAGUGUGGACCCGUGGGGGAGCAACAAGUCGGGCUCGACAGAUUCCCAUCCGAUCCAACAUAUCGAGUUUAGUCGGCAUUCGGGCGGCGCAUUCUUGUGUGUCACUGCGCAUCCACAAGCCAAGAUUAUGUCGAGGGAUGGCGAUGUCUUGACCGAGUUUGUCAAGGGGGAUAUGUACCUGCGCGACAUGAACCACACCAAAGGCCAUGUGGGCGAGGUCACGACUGGGACAUGGCAUCCGACCGAUCAGAAUUUCUGCAUCACGGCAGGUUCUGACAGCACAUUGAGAAUAUGGGACGUCAACAACAAGCGGAGUCAGAAGGAGGUUAUUGUCUUCAAAUCCAAAGCACCUGGGUGUGCUGGGCGAACAAGGAUGACGGCGGUGGCAUGGGGUGCUCCAUCAUCAGGGGGCGCGCCGGUCAUCGUCUCUGCUGCGCUGGAUGGGUCCUUGGUCAUGUACAGUGGAAACGGGCCAUUCUCACGACCAGCGGCGGAAAUCAGAGAUGCGCACAAGGCCGAUACAUGGACGGGCGGUAUUGAUAUCAGUUCCGACGGGCGGAUGGUGGUUACUCGGGGCGGUGAUGGGCUGAUCAAGCUGUGGGACACACGCAAGUUCAAGCAGCCGCUGGUCAAGGUUGAGCACCCUUCCACCUCUGACCGUUACCCCAUGUCCAACAUCAAAUACUCGCCAGAUUCCUCGUCCAUCAUCGCUGGUUCGGCAUCAGGGCAUCUUCACAUCUUGAACCCCGGAAACCUCAGGCCAGAGCACGUCACACCUAUCACACCCGGUGUCCCGCUCAUUGUGGUAGACUGGCACGAGAGGCUCAAUCAAAUCAUCACGGGCUCUGCCAACUCCGAGACACAUGUUCUCUACAACCCAGAAAAGUCCCAUCGCGGUGCCCUCGAGGUCAUGUCCCGGGCCCCGAAGGUGCGGCACAUCGACGAUGACCCCUCUGCCAUCAUGGAUCAGAGCUCGGGUAUUUCUGGAGAUGCCAUCGUGGCACCAGGGGCUCUGGGAGGAACCAAACGGGGUGGUGUUACGGCGUCCGGAAAGUCGAGAGAUCCGAUGAGACCUCAGAUGCAGACCAUCACACCGUUUAUGCGCAGUCAGCCAGACGCAAAGCAUAUUUCGGAGAAUAUCCCACUGAGCAAGAUGUUGCACGAGGAUCCGAGAGAAGCACUGCUGAAAUACGCAGAUGCUGCCAAGAAGGAUCCCAUGUUUACCAAUGCGUGGGCAAAGACGCAGCCGGUGACGCAGUAUGCUGAGACGAGUGAUGGGGAGGGGGAGGAGGGGCCGGAUAGGAAGAGGGUCAAGAGGUGA